GUCACGUGGGCGGUCACGUGGCAGAACCCGGAAGCGCGUCUGCUUGCUCCUGGAAGGCAGGGCGGUGUUUGUCUGACUCGUGUCUGCAGGUCCCCUGAUGCUAUGCUGCUCUCCAUGAGCCGGUCACCGAGUCUGUCUUCUGCAGUCCUUUCUGAACCUCUGACUGUCCAGAAGCUCCACAGUGCUCCUUGCCAAGAUGAAGUGCGUCUUGGUGGCCACGGAGGGUGCCGAGGUCCUCUUCUACUGGACAGAUGAAGAGUUUAAAGAAAGUCUGCGGCUGAAGUUUGGGCAGUCAGAGAAUGAGGGAGAAGAGCUUCCCGCCCUGGAGGACCAGCUCAGCACCCUCCUGGCCCCAGUCAUCAUCUCCUCCAUGACGAUGCUGGAGAAGCUCUCAGACACAUAUACCUGCUUCUCCACGGAAAAUGGAAGCUACCUGUACGUCCUUCAGCAGUUUGGAGAAUGCCUGUUCAUCGCUAUCAACGGAGACCACACAGAGGGUGAGGGGGACCUGCGGCAGAAGCUGUGUGUGCUCAAGUACCUGUUCGAGGUGCACUUCGGGCUGGUUACCAUGGACAGCCAGCUCAUCCGAAAGGAGUUGCGGCCCCCAGACCUGGAGCAGCGUGUACGGGUGUGGGAGCGUUUCCAGAGCCUGCUGAGGACCCACAGCCGCCUGCGGGAGCAGGAGCAGUGUUUCGCAGUGGAGGCUGUGGAGCGGCUGAUCCACCCUCAGCUCUGCGAGUUGUGCAUAGAGACGCUGGAUCGGCACGUGGUCCAGGCCAUCAACUCCAGCCCCAGGCGGGCCGGUGAGGAGGCCUUGCACACCUUCCUGCUCGUGCACUCCAAGCUGCUGGCUUUCUACUCCAGCCACAGUGCUAGCUCCCUGCGCCCAGCCGACCUCCUCGCCCUCAUCCUUCUGGUGCAGGACCUCUAUCCCAGCGAGAGCACGGCUGAGGACAGUGACACCCAGCCCCGUCCACAGAUGGCCCGCCGCAGCGAGAGCAUCCCCGUGCAGCAGGCCUGGAGCACUUGUUCUGCAAACCCAACGGGGAGGAGUUCUGCGGGGACCGAGACAGACAGCUUCUCCCUCCCUGAGGAGUACUUCACACCAGCUCCCUCCCCCGGGGAGCGGAGCUCAGGUAGCACUGUCUGGCUGGACGGGGGCACCCCACCCACCGAUGCUCCCCAGGUUCAGAUGGCUGAGGACACCCUCCAGACGCUGGUCCCUCACUCCCCAGGACUGUCCAGCCCCAGGAGAAUUUUCCUGGACACCAGCGUGAAAGAGAACUACUGCCCCAUGGUGCCACACACCAUGUACUGCCUGCCCCUGUGGCCGGGCAUCACCAUGGUGCUCCUGACCAAGAGCCCCAGCACCCCUCUGGCCCUGGUCCUGUACCAGCUGCUGGAUGGGUUUUCUCUGCUGGAGAAGAAGCUGAAGGAAGGCCAGGAGGCCGGGAGUGCCCUGCGGUCUCACCCCCUCGUGGGAGACCUGCGCCAGCGGAUGGACAAGUUUGUCAAGAGUCGAGGUGGGCACGAGCUUCAGGGCACCUGGCUGGAGUUUAAGACCAAGGCCUUCUCCAAAAGUGAGCCUGGCUCGUCCUGGGAGCUGCUCCAGGCCUGUGGGAGGGUGAAGCGGCAGCUCUGUGCCAUCUACCGUCUCAGCUUCCUGACCACGGCUCCAGGCCGGGGAGGCCCCCACCUGCCCGAGGACCUGCAGGACCAGGUCCAGACCCUCAUGCAAGAAAAGCUGGCGGACUGGAGGGACUUCUUGUUGGUGAAGAGCAGGAGAAACGUCACCAUGGUGUCCUACCUGGAAGACUUCCCGGGCUUGGUGCAUUUCAUCUACGUGGACCGCACCACUGGCCAGAUGGUGGCCCCCUCCCUUAGCACCAGUGAAAGGACUUCUUCGGAGCUGGGCAAGGGGCCCCUGGCCACCUUCGUCAAAACCAAGGUCUGGUCCCUGAUCCGGCUGGCACGCAGGUACCUGCAGAAGGGCUACACCACGCUGCUGUUCCGCGAGGGGGACUUCUACUGCUCCUACUUCCUGUGGUUCGAGAACGAGAUGGGCCACAAACUCCAGAUCAUCGAGGUGCCUGUCCUGUCUGACGACUCAGCUCCCGUGGGCAUGCUGGGAGGAGACUACUACAGGAAGCUCCUGCGGUACUACAGCAAGGGCCACCCCGCCGAGGCCGUCAGGUGCCACGAACUGCUAGCCCUCCACCUGUCAGUCAUCCCCACGGACAUGCUGGUGCGACAGGCAGCUGAGCUGGCCCGGUGCCUGGGGGAGGCCUCGCGCGUGCCCCUGCCCUAGGCCAGAGGAGGGGGGUGCUUCCGUGCAUCUGCCCGUGCCCCCUGUUCUCCAGGCCCACGUUGCUUGUGUAUGUCCCCAUGAUGAGAGCCUCCUCCUCAUAGCAGCCACCUGAGGACGUCACAGUCCAGGGCGGCCCCAAGCUUUCUUAAAGAAACUCCACCUUGACCAGCCUCAGCCCCAGUAACGAGCAAAUCCCCAAACCUUUCCGUCUGGAGGAGGGGAGGCCAGAGUAUUCCUUCAGUCUCAGAACAGCAGCGACCGUGAGGGUAGAACUGGGGCAGCCCCCUUUUGGGGCUUCUCAGUAGAGAGAGCGCCCUCAGGAUGCCAGUUCCCCCCCAAACUAAAGGUGCUCCCAGCUGGGUUAAACCCCAGCUCUGCCACAUCAUCUCUGCGUCUCUGGGCAGGCUUCCCCACCUCUAGACCUGGCUCCCCAUGUUCAGAUGACAGCACCCCCUCUCAGGAUGGUCCUGGGCCUGCUGGACAUGUGGCAGGUGCUCAAUAAAUGCCGGUCCCAGUUACCAUUACUGUUCAA